AAGCGCAGCCACUUGGUGUAUGGCGAAAAUACGUGGUCCAUGAGACAUGAAUGUUGUCAUUGUAGGUAUCACGUAAAAUGUUGGUGUUGAUAAGCGAUAAACACUAAGAAACCAUCGUCCUUGAUUUUUAAGUAUACAUCAGUGUCGAGAUACAGAAUACUUAUAAUUGGUCCUGUGAAGUGUCACAGCCCAGAUAUGGCUGAAGAAAGAGGUGGAGGUUGGUGGGAUUCAUGGUAUAAGGCCGCAAAAGAUAAGUCUACUGAGGUCUUGCAAUUUGUGAGACGCGACCUGGAUGAAUUCUCUUCUGCAGUGAAGAAUGAAGCUAGUAAUGUUGUCAGUUCUACAACUUCUGCUCUGAAGGAUAAAUUAAGACUACAUGAACCAGAAUCAGCAGCAAACACUAUGAAAAGAAGUGUAUCAUCAUUCUUUGGACAAGUCAGCAGUGUGCUGAAUCCCACUCCAGAUGAUGAGGAUGAAGAGGCAAUUGUCAUCCAUGACUCCCAACCUGUAGCGCUAACAAAGUUCCAGGUUCUGCAGCAUGCACUUGUGACAAAUCCUGACACAUUCCUGACUGAUCCAAAAAUGGAAUAUGAGAAGCAAUAUGAAGCUUGGUUAGAAAUUCUUGAAGAUCAGCUGACUGCAGACAGACUAUCGAAACUGAUGGCUGCUAAUCCUGAUUUACAUUCUCAGUACACAACUUUGGUCCCAGAUCAGGUAUCACACCUAGAAUUCUGGCAGCGAUAUUUAUUCCGCAAAGCAUUACUGGAGGAUCAACAAGCUAGAAGGGAAGCAAUGCAGCGAAGAGCUGAGAAAGAGAGACAAGCAGCAGAAAAUUUUCAGUGGGAUCAAGAAAAAGACUUUGGUGCCAACAUUGAACUGACUGAAGAAGAACAGACACGGCUGUUACUUGAAUAUGAAAAGGAGUGCGAAAACAAGAAAUUACUGCGAAGUAGCUCAGAAAGGGACAGUAGUGAAGAUGCUAUGAUGUUGGCAUAUAAUGUGAGGGACAACCAUUACUCCCCUGUUAUCUCUGAGAGCAUAUCAGAACCAUACAUAGCAACCAAGGUAGACAGCCAUCAGGCCAACUCAGAUGAUAACAUAGCCAACAAACAAGAAAAACUGAACAAGUUUGCAGAGAAAGGAGAAUUCAACAUAGAUGAACCUACUGGCUUUAAAACAAAGGAGAAGAAAGACAUGGUUAUUGUCACUGAUGGAAAUAGCUGUCACACAUCAUCCUGCUCAGGAGACAAAGAAAGCAAUGAUGAUGACUGGGAACAAGAAUUUGACAUAGAAGAUGCAGAAGUGGAUACAUUAUCUGAACAACAGUUAACUGGGACAGGAAAAGCAUAGUGAUCCUGAAGGAGUGCUGUGUAAUUAAAAGCAGAACUACUGCAGUGCACUGCUGUUGUUCCAAGCUCACAAAUUUUCUUGAAGGGUCAAGUAUCUUGCAAGGUAGAUGGUUUAUAUGCUCUUCGCCAUACCUAUAGUUAGUGUCUCAUAACUUUAGCCACACGAAAAGGUAAACACUGUUGUGGAGCAGUGAAGCUGUAUGUUUUCUUUGGUGACGUUCAGAGCUACUACCCGAGCAGAAAACAUUGCCUACAGAGACCAGGAGUAAGUACAAUACACCUGACCACACUCCAACACACUGCAUUCCAAACUGGUAGUACCCACGCUGAUGUAAGCUGAUAUGACUGCUCCGCAAGAGAUGGUAUGACUCCUGUACCACGGCUAGAGUUCCGAGGAACUAACAGUAGUUUAAGUACUGAAUGCAGUACUUUGUGCCUGUUUUGACAGUAGAUGGUCUACCCUAGGUGCAAUUGACAGUGUUUCCUGUGGAGGAAAAUCUUUGUUGGACAUGAAUGCUGUGCAGUUGGUGCAGUCUGUCUUCUCUAGGCCUAAGAACCUUCUGUGUUAUAAAGUACAUAUUAAACAGAUAUGGAAAUCUGGAACCUCAUUAAAAGUAUACUGUUUAAUAGUAAGUACCAAUACACACAGUUAACUGCAUCAUUGUUCAAAUCAGUGUUCUGUUAUUUAUCAGCUCUUAUACACAUGAUUUUUGCAGAUAUUUUGGUGUAAACUUGUACUUUUUAAAAAUUUACAGAAAAUAUAAAUUGUUUUAACUGUAUCUGUUGAAACUGAAUGUGAAUGAAUGUAAAAAAUGCCAGUUAUGAACCAUGCCAAAAAGUAACAAGUAGACUUGAAUAAAGAGCCUCCUUGCUCCAUAACGAGGAAUGUGCCUGGAUAGAGAGUGUACUUUGAAAUCAUAGUUCUAAUAUGGGUUUUCUCAUUCUCUUGAAUCAGAUGAUUAGCUUUCCAUCAGUCUCCAGAUAUCUUGCCAUAAUAUCCUGAGCACAUUUACAAGUUCUGUAUUGAGUAUUCCCAUUUCUCCUCCCAUUCAUGCCAUUUUUCUUUGUAAUGUCUGUUUGUUAUUGUCAACUAUCAUUAGUGUUAUUCAUCCUUCAUCAGCAGCAACUGGAAAGUAUACAUCAGAAAUAUAAACCUUACUCACUCAUUCUUCAAUACAAGAAGAAACUGCAUCAAUGUUUGAGUAAAAGUAAAAGUGUAUUCCCAACAAAGAGCUCACAGUUUUAAAGCUUUCUAAAUUCAUCCUUGAUUUUUUAAAUUUCUUUGCAUAUGCUGAUCCUGGUUGAAUAAGGUGACUGGAUCUCAUCAGAUUCUACACAGAGCACAUUGUCUGAUUCUUUGCAAUUAGUAUCUUCAAUAAACAGUUCCAAAUUAUUAGAAUUGUACAACCUACUUCAACAGUAAAGACUACUGUGUUUCUUUUGUGCUGCCAUAACUAUAGCUAGUAGGCUGAUGUUAAUAGCUAACUUUAUUUAAUAAUUUCAAAUUACAGUGAAAUUGCCAUGUCCUGUACCUUAAAUUGAGAAAAAUCGUAAAUGAGGGCUUAUACCAAAUUCAAACAUAAAAUGAUGCUCCAUUGUUAAUUACAAAUAU